CACCACAAAAUCUUCAACUUAGACACUCAAUUGGAGCACAACGCAUUUCUGUCCCCAUCCGAUCAAGAUGCCUCAUUCAAUAUCCCCUGAAGAUACUUCGACCCCCGACGAGAUUAUGUCCGUCCAAGAUGCGGACGUUGAUGGCGAAACACAAAUGACCGAGGGAACUCUCAUAGCUGAGAGUGAAGAACGAAAUGGGGAUACCCAAGCGUCUGAUGUAACUGAUCAGGACAUGACAAUGGCAGAUAUUGGCAAUGAUGAAGAAAAGCUACCAAAGAAGGAGCUGAUCAAAGACGAAUUCAAGUCUGAAGUCAAACUAGAAGAUCUCUUUGCAGACAUAGAGUCGGACGACGAGUUUCCAAGCUCUGCUGUACCGGAUGUCAAAAUUUCGAGCUCACCUGAAGCUCCUGAAUCACCUGUUCAUAUUGGACCUACCUCACGAGCCUCCGAUCCCGAAGUAAUGCGAUCUUUCUAUCAACGAUUGUUUCCCUGGCGAUACCUCUUCCAAUGGCUCAAUCAUUCUCCCACCCCUUCAACCGAUUUUGGCCACCGAGAGUUCGCGUUUACACUGCAGAACGAUGCGUACCUCCGAUACCAGUCGUUCCCAACCUCAGAUCUUCUACGAAAAGAUGUGCUACGUCUCAACCCUUCGCGUUUCGAAAUCGGACCUGUCUAUAGCACAAACCCUCGAGACCGUAAAACCCUACGCAAAGCAUCUUCCUUCAAGCCAAUUGCAAAGGAAUUGUGUUUCGAUAUUGAUUUAACAGAUUACGAUGAUAUUCGAACAUGUUGUGACAAAGCCAAUAUUUGCAACAAAUGUUGGCAGUUCAUGACCAUGGCUAUCAAGGUUAUUGAUGUUGCUCUGCGGGAAGAUUUUGGUUUCAAGCACAUUAUGUGGGUGUAUUCCGGACGAAGAGGUGCUCAUGCUUGGGUAUGUGAUAAAAAAGCCAGGACAAUGGAUGAUCAGAAGAGAAGAGCUAUUGCUGGGUAUUUGGAGGUGAUCAAAGGCGGAGCACAAAGCGGAAAGAGGGUCAAUGUCAAGAGACCACUUCAUUCUCACGUUGCUCGAAGUCUUGAUAUUUUGAAGCCACACUUCGAAUCCGAUGUCUUGCAAGAUCAGGACCCGUGGGAGACAGAUGAGAAGUUUGCACGUUUGCUGGAGCUGCUUCCAGACAGAACUCUCAACGAAGCUUUGAAAAAGAAAUGGAGUUCGGCCCCUGGGCGAUCUUCGACAUCGAAGUGGGCAGAUAUUCACGCUCUUGCCAAGAGUGGAGUGAGCAAAGCGUUGGAUACGAAAGCGUUACGGGAUGCUCAGCAAGAUAUCAUCCUCGAGUAUACGUAUCCACGACUUGAUAUCGAAGUCAGCAAGCAUCUCAACCAUUUGCUCAAGAGUCCUUUUGUUGUGCAUCCUGGUACCGGAAGGGUUUGUGUGCCGAUUGAUACAAAGCGGUGUGAGGACUUCGAUCCUCUUACUACUCCGACUGUUACAGAUCUUUUGCGAGAAAUCGACGAGUGGAAAGCUCCCGAAGACAGUGAAACCGAGGACAAGAAGCUGCAGGACUGGGAAAAGACGAGUCUGAAGCCGUAUGUGGAAUAUUUCAGAUCAUUUGUGCUAGCCUUAAUGAAGGAUGAGAAGGACAUCAAGGUGAAACGAGAGCGCGAGGAGAAUGGAGGGAUGGAUUUUUGAAUGUCUAGUCAUUGAUGCUGUAGAAAUAUGGGCGUUCCAAGGUUCAAGGGACGGAACAAGGGGUCUGGUGUAAUUAUGUCUCAUGAUGAAUGGUUGAUAUAGGCAAUCCAAUACUGGUUUGAUUGUCCGUUUUGGGUCGGGCUAUUGUUACUAAACCAAGGCGCUAUUGUUUGGACUUUGGCAGAGUAGAGAUGAAUUUUAGGCCAUGAUAUCAACC